GUCCAGCUCCUGAAAGAUCUCCUGCCUGCUGCCCUUGAGGGGGUUGGAGGAAUCGAUAGAGCUCUGCUAUAUGAUCCAAAGGACGAUCAGAUCCUCCGGGCUUUGAACUGCUCAGUUGUGCAGCCUCUGCAUUACUAAGAUCACUUGCUGCUGCGGCUGCUGCAUUGAUGCUGAAGGAGCAGAGGACCUCCUUGCAGCAGACAGAGCAGCAUUGUGACUCCAGCCUCUGCAGCACAGAUCGGACAGCCACCCCCUGCCCCUCUACCGCUAACAACAUACCCCUGGUCAGAUCGCCGGGAUGCCCCUGCAGCCCUACACCAGAGACAAGGAGAAGUCCUCCCUCCUCCGCUGGGACGAGGUGCCCGAUGAUUUCGUGGAGUGCUUUAUAUUAUCCGGCUACAGGCGGUUGCACCUCACCGCUCAGGAGUGCCUGGCCUCGAUCUUCCAGCCCACCAACGAGACUCUGAAUUUCUGGACCCACUUCAUCCCCCUGGUGCUGUUCGUUAGCAAGUUUUACCAGAUCUUCUUCUUGACCACGGACCUGCCCUUCCACCACCCUGCCCUGCUGCCCCUGUGGUGCUACGCGUCGGGAGUGCUGCUGACAUUUGCCAUGAGUUGCACAGCCCAUGUGUUCAGCUGCCGCUCCUUGCGCCUGCGUGCAGCCUUCUUCUUUCUGGACUAUGCAUCCAUCAGCUACUACGGCUUCGCCAGCACCGUGGCGUACUCCUACUACCUGCUGCCCAGGCUGAGCCUGCUCGACCCCGCCGUGAUGACCCCUUACUUGCAGAGCCUGGGCUGGCACCGGGUGGAUUACAGCAUGCUGAUGGGGCUGUACGGGGAGCUGGUGCUGCCGGUGGCCUUUGUCCUGGCGGUGACAUGCACGGUGGCGUGCUGUAAGAGCCGGGCAGAGGACUGCUCGUACCCGUUCGCCAUCCGCACCUUCGUGUUCGCGAUGCCCCUGAGCAUGGCGUGCCCCGUGAUGAUCGAGAGCCUCCUGUUCGACCUCAGAAGGAAGAACCCCAUUCUCUUUGUGUAUUUUUACCGGAGGUAUUUCUGGCUGCUGGUGGCCGCUUUCUUCAAUGUCAGUAAGAUCCCAGAAAGGAUCCAUCCGGGGCUCUUUGACAUCAUAGGGCACAGCCACCAGCUCUUCCAUGUCUUCACCUUCCUCAGUAUCUAUGAUCAGAUGCACUACGUGGAGCAGGGUUUAGAGCAGUUCCUGAAAGCUCCCCCGACCUCUCCAACCUUCCCAACCUUCUAUGGAACCAUCGGAUACAUGCUGCUCCUAACCCUCUGCUUAGGGCUGGUAGUGAGGACCUAUCUAAAGGGACUGGCCAGCUCCAAACAGGAUUAACCAAAGCUGCAUGUGACAGGGUGCAACCACCAAGGAUCUUCACCAUCCUUUAUCCGAUGUCCCCCUAGCAGGGCAGGGUAACUACACCAUUCACCUGGGAUGCACUUUCACAACCCUGCAAAACAGAGGGAUACUCUCUACCCUUUGUUUCAGUAGGGUGUAAAGGGUUCACCAUAUCAGUGUUAAAUACCCCACACCAUUCUUGGUGAUUGUGAUGUGCAGCAGAUAGCUGUUCAUUCAUAUGAACCUUGAACACACCAAUGAUGGCUGCAGCACACUGUUUGUGGCUCUGCAGAACCCAUUGGUAGCCUUGGCCUGAUUUCCUUUACUCUCUCUCCAAGGUGGCUGCAUCCCCUAUGUGGGAUCAGAAAUCUCAG